AAAACCUAAAGCUAUUUCGCUAAAGCUAUUUCGUGACUACUGUACUUUCUUUACUUCUUUGUUCCCACCUUCUCACUCGCCUAACUUAAAAACUGCCUUGAACCGGACCAAUAAACCCAACGCCGGUCGGCAACAGCUCGCCGUCAACCAUUCUCGGACGUCGGUUGCCGCCUUGCUCAUCGGCUAACGCCUCGUUGCUGCCCACUGGUCGUCUAUAAGAUCAUGGUUGCCUGGCUAUGAGUUGACCGGACAGUACUGGGCCGCGUACGAACAACUCAAUAUACCCUCAUUUGUGCCAAAGCUCAGCAAACCUCAUUCAGAAACAAUCUCUUUAUAUCGGGUAAGAUUUGCCCUUAUUGUUUUGUUCUAGAAUCCCCAUGUCAAUUGCUUCACUCUCCCGGUUGAUUUCACUCUCAAUUUACCCGAAACAAAGAAAAGUUUUCACUCUUCAAUUCAGCUCGACUUCUUCUGCCGACAAAUUCUUCACCCUUUUAGAGAAAAAACAAAGCAAUGUAGAGAAAACCCUUGCUUUAGUCAAUGCCAAAUUGGACCCAAACUGUGUCUGUGAGGUGUUAAAAAGAUGUUCCUUUGAUAUAUCUCAAAUGGGCCUGAGGUUUUUUAUAUGGGCAGGUCUUCAAUCAAAUUGUAGGUAUAGUUCUUAUAUGUACAGCAAAGCUUGUGAAUUUUUGAAAAUUAAGCAAAGUCCAUUUCUUAUUUUGGAUGUUAUUGAAGCUUACAAGGUGGAAAAAUGUUUGGUUAAUGUUAAAAUGUUCAAAGUUAUUUUGAAUUUGUGUAAAGAAGCUAGGAUUGCUGACGAAGCAUUGUUGGUAUUGAGGAAAGUGCGUGAAUUUAACUUACGUCCGGAUAUUACCAUUUAUAAUGUUGUUAUCAGGCUGUUUUGUGAGAAAGGGGAUAUGGAUAUGGCUAAUAAAUUGAUGAAAGAGAUCGGCUUGAUUGAUCUUUAUCCUGAUAUGAUCACUUAUUUUGCGAUGAUCAAGGGGUUCUGUAAUGCUGGUAGAUUGGAGAAUGCUUGUGAGUUGUUUCAGGCUAUGAGGGACCAAGGGUUUUCUCCAAAUGCCUUGGUGUAUUCUGUGAUUCUUGAGGGUAUUUGUAUGCAUGGGAGUACGGAGAAAGCAUUGGAGUUUUUGGAGGAGAUGGAGACAACAGGUGGGAGUUGUAGUCCAAAUGUCAUCACAUAUACGUCUGUAAUUAAAAGAUUUUGUGAGAAGGGUCAUACAAUGGAGGCAUUGAGAAUUUUGGAUAGAAUGGAAACUUGUGGGUGUGCUCCUAACCGUGUAACUGUUAUUACUUUGAUCGAAGGAUUUUGUGCUGAGGGACAUGUUGAAGAAGCGUAUAAGUUGAUUGAUAAAGUUGCUGGACGUGGUGUUUCUGAUGGUGAUUGCUAUAGUGCUCUUGUGGUGUCUUUGAUUAGGAUUAAUAGACUUGAUGAGGCAGAGAUUCUCUUUAGGAAGAUGUUAGCAAGUGGGGCCAAACCAGAUGGCAUUGCUUGUAGUCUCAUGAUUAGGGAGAUCUGUCGCAAGGGACGAGUGCUUGAUGGUUUUUGCUUAUAUGAUGAAAUUGAGCAGAUGCGAUUCUUGUCAUCCAUUGAUUCUGAUAUCUAUUCUAUUCUUUUGGUUGGCCUGUGUCAGCAAAGCCACUCAGUUGAAGCUGCAAAGCUUGCUAGGUCAAUGCUUAAUAAAAGGAUUCGCUUGAAAGCUAUUUAUGUUAACAAAAUCAUCGAACAUCUGAAAAACUCUGGAGAUAAGGAGCUAGCUAUUCAGCUCAGUAGGAUUGCUAGGUGAUAUUUUCAAAUAUCUCAAUUUACCCUAUUAAUCUUUCUCUUGUUAAUCACCCUAAAUGGUAUAUUCUGAAUGCCGAAGCGAUCUGUAUAAUGAUGCUACCUUGCUAAGCAAAGCCAUAGUUGCAUAUCAGGUUGCCAGUGUACUUACUUCAUAAUGCCAUUUGGUGCUAAGCAAAGCCAUAGUUGCAGAUCAGGUUGCUAGUGUAGUUCAUAAUGCCGUUUGGUAGAGAUCUUAAUGUUCACGAGCUUUUAUUGAUCACAGGGAACCCAAGCUUAUCAAAAUCUAUGUAAGUACUGCGUCAUGAGUGAAUUCUAUUCAUUUGGAAAUUGCAAUGCAUCUUGAAAGUAUCAUUGGUGCAUUGAUUAAAAAAAAAAAAAAAAGAGAUGUAUGGGAAACUGUGAGUCUCCACCUCCCGAUGUCAUUGUCUUUUUGUUAUACACAGUUAGCAAUUUUGUUUUCAAGCUCUUUGCGUUUUAGGGUUCUUAUCGAUGCUGAAAUGGAGCUCACAUGAAUGACUGGUUCAUUUAGCUUUUGUUACUUACUUGUGAACAGCUUAAAUUCCAUGUGCUUUUUUUUCGGAUUAGAUUGGCUGAAAAAGAAUGCUUUAAAACCACCAUGUUAUGUUCCUUGUCAGUUUCUUUUUGGUAUGAACUGGAUUUACAUUAUUUAAGAAUGUUGUUUUUUCCCCUUGCUUUUUUCCUUUCUGUAUUGUUUAAUUUAGAAGAAUGUUAAAAUAUGUCAUUAA